AUGUCGUCCAAGCAGAAGUCUGGCCGCUCCGCCAUCCAGGACGUGGUCGCCCGCGAGUACACCAUCCACAUGCACAAGAGACUGCACGGUGUCUCCUUCAAGAAGAGGGCCCCCCGCGCCAUCAAGGAGAUCAAGGCGUUUGCGCACCAGGCCAUGGGCACCUCCGAUGUCCGCCUCGACCCCCAGCUCAACAAGAAGGUGUGGGAGCAGGGUGUCAAGGGCGUGCCAUACAGAAUCCGCGUCCGCAUCUCCCGACGAAGAAACGAUGAGGACGGCGCCAAGGAGAAGCUGUACAGCUACGUCCAGGCCGUCAACGUCAAGAACCCCAAGGGCCUGGUCACGACCACCGUCGAGGAGGAGGAGCAGUAA